GGGAGUUCGCCGCCCCACCUGCCCAUAUGGACGGCACGCGCCUGCACGACCCCCCUCACGGUAGGACGGUGCGUCAGGAUCCGUCCCCCUAUAUAAAGCAGACGCCGCCCAGGAGCACGCUCAAGCUGGCUGGCGAAUCUGAACUUCCAAACUGCGAGCUCAUUGUCGGUCUGCAAAACAUUGGCUAAAGAGAGGGAGAAUACUUUCUUGUUCCAGUCAGUCAGUCAGGCACAAGUUACAGAGUCGACAGUAUUUAAACCUCAGUGCAUCAGUCUAACUACAUGAUCUGCAAUGGCGCGUUCAAAAGCACGGAUAUGGACUUGUGGCUUACUUCUGGUUAGUUUUUUGGUAGUUUUGAUAGUGUGUGUUGUAAUGCUUGCGAAGAGCCCGUGUCCGGAGGGGGGCUUCACGAAGGGAGCUGUAGCCGCAGACUCCGAGACCUGCUCCAAGGUUGGACGAGAUAUUCUUCGAAGCGGUGGUUCAGCGGUAGAUGGCGCGAUCGCUGCGUUGCUCUGCACGUCUGUCAUCAACCCGCAGAGCAUGGGUCUGGGCGGAGGGACCAUCUUCACCGUGAUGGAUGGCAGUGGGAAGGUGAAAAUCAUCAAUGCACGGGAGACCGUCCCCAAGAUGUUCAAUAGUAACUUAAUGGAGGACUGCUCUAAAACACCGAGCUGGACUCCAGUGGGUCAGUGGAUUGGGGUUCCAGGGGAACUGCGAGGUUAUGAACUUGCACACCAACUGUAUGGAAAGCUUCCUUGGGCCAGGCUCUUCCAGCCCACUAUCAAACUUGCUCGGAGCGGGUUCCCCAUUCCCCCUGUCCAGGCUCGCUUCAUCCCCUUCUUAGAAAACACCAACGGUUCUUUACGCAAGUUGUACUCUGACAAGGAUGGCAACCUCCUGAAAGCUGGUGACAUCAUGAAGUUUGAGAAACUGGCCGACACACUGGAGAUUUUAGCUAAACAGGGAGCAGAUGCAUUCUACACUGGACAGAUCGCAGAGGAUUUUAUCCGCGAUGUACAAAAUGAAGGGUAUGCUCCAAAUCCAGAGUCUAUGAUGGGGGAGGAAAGGCUUCAAACCUAUCAUCGCUUUGUGGAGGCUUGCAAGUUUGCCAAUGGUUUGAAGAAACACCUCCGUGACCCACAGUUCAACUCAGGAGCAGUGGCGAAGAAGAUCACAGAGGAGAGCUUUGCCGACCACCUUCGGAGUCUGAUCAGCGGGAGGGGGAGCCACAAUGCUCAGUACUACAACAUGACGCCGUAUCUGGACAGCAUGGGGACCACACACGUGUCCGUCCUGGCUGAGGACGGGACUGCCGUGGCAGCGACCAGCAGCAUCAACCUAAUAUUUGGAUCCAAGGUGUAUUCCCCCAGCACUGGGGUCAUCCUCAACAAUCAGCUGACAGACUUCUGUGGUAAAGCAGAGCACAUUGUUGCAGGAGAGCAGCCCCCCUCCUCCAUGUCUCCAUCGAUCCUGCGAUCCAAGACCAGGACGCUGGUGAUCGGGGCGUCUGGGGGCAGCAUGAUCAUCACUGGCACCGCCUUGACUAUCAUGAACCACUUAUGGUUUGGAAAAAGCCUCAAAGAGGCGACAGACAGCCCUGUGGUCUUUGUUGAUUCCAAGAAUGAAUUGAAAUUCGAACCCAGCUUUGACAAGUCUUUGAUAGAGGCGCUCACCUCAAUGGGACAAACCCAGACCAACGCAUCGUACUUCUACAAUGUGGUGAAUUCUGUGGAACAGGACAACGGCUGCAUCGCUGCAGUGUCUGACCUCCGGAAACAGGGGAAAGCAGCCGGCUACUGACGAGAGGUCGUAUUGGUUGUUAAUAAGGAGAAUCUGGGACCAAUGGGAAGAAGCCGGAGAUGAUAUUAACAUAUCUUGAGAUCUACAAUUGUUACAUUAAAGUCGGGGAGAAUUUGCGGCCAGUAGAUUAAAAGAUUGUGGUCCGAGGUCAAAGAAAAACUGAAAUGGCAUUGGAAAAAACUUGACGAAUUUGUUUUGGAGCAGGUGUGAGGGGGCGUGGUUCAACAUUGACGGAAUGCACGUCACACUUAACUUGAGUGCUCGUGUUUUCUUCACCUUUAAAAGAGGCACCAUUAAACAAUAGGAUUGUUUCUGUGAUUGUUUGCCUCCCUUAAUAUAGAGGAAGAGAAAAUCCUCUUUUUACUUUUCUACCUCAGCCUCUCUUUUUGAUUUUGUACUACUUUUCUUUGUUGAGGGCAUUGAAUAGUGAGUGAUGAUCAUGUAUUUAAGUUUAUUUUCUUAGCUGAUAUUUGUCUCACAUCACACAUGGCCAGUUAGGGAGGGUGGCGGUAGCAAAUGGGAGGUACACCUGUGUGUCUUUUUAUUUUUAAAUAUGCAGAUUAUUAAACCUGCCAUUUUGUUUUACUCCUUUAAUUAAACUUUAACUAUUUAUUUAC